UUAUAGGUGUGUCGUGUAUGAAAAAUCAUAUAUAUUAUUAUUAUGGCAACAUUAUUGGAAAUAGAUGAUAAUACAUUACCAUAUGACAAACUUAAGGACUUAUGUAAAGAAAAUAUUAUUUAUUUUACUAAUAACGAGAGAAAUGGUUCAACUGCCAUGGCCAAUUCUUUUGAACAGUUGUUUCAAAAUAUUGAUAAUAUAAAACCAUUGGUUUUUGAAUUACGUAAUGUCUGUCAUUUGUAUGAUUUUGAUCCAUCUAUACCUGGUAAUGGAUAUCGAAGUUAUGUCACUGUUGUUGAUUUGUUUAUUGAUCAUUGCAUUAAAAUUUGCAAUCAAAUGGCUGUUAAUCGUGAUUCAUUUUUCUUCCGUAAAACAUUUUAUACAAAAGAGAUUGAAUCAUGUAACCAAGUGAUGAGUGCAUUGGUAUUGUGCUUAGAAAACUUAUGUCUUUUAAUUGGUUGGAGUGAACCAGGAAUGUUAUUUGCUGGAAAUGAUACUGAAGCAUUAGAACUCAUGAUGAAAAUUGAACCAUCUAAACUAUGUCCUUUUUAUGGCCGCUGUUUGGCUUUUCAAUUUAAUGAGUCACUACAGCCUGCUUUGAAAACUAUUGCUAUAAUGAUGGCUGCUUUUAGCGAAGUCUACUACAAUGAAAAUGGAAUGUUGGCUAGGGCUAAUACUGCAUGGAAUUGUAGCAAAUAUAUGUUAAAUCCAGAAUUGAGAGCUCGUAGAAUUGUUAAUGUCAUUCAGUAUUCUUCAAUAGAGUUUUACAAAGCAUUUUUAUUUCUUGGUGAAACUGAACUGUUAAAAAGUUUACCAAACCUAGUUUCUCCUGCAGUAGCUAUAAAUAGACUAAUAGCAAUUCCUAGCAAACCAUUUUUAUACUUAAAACCAGAUGGACAAAUAUUUGAACUCCAGCCUCCUUCAUGUCAUAUUGGACCUGCUGCCCUUAAUGCUCGACUAAUUGCAAAAACUAGACGCGAAGGCAUGUUGGCAGAAAAUUCCGGUAGCGGUAUACUUCCAGAACCAUGUGAAAAUCUUAUCAUACAUUGUCAUGGAGGUGGUUUUGUAUCUCAAAGUUCAAGUUCUCACGAAUCAUAUUUAAGAGAUUGGGCAGUUCGUUUAGACAUACCCAUAUUGUCCAUUGAUUAUUCUUUAGCACCGAGAGCACCAUACCCCAGAGCUAUGGAAGAACUAUUAUUUGCUUACAUUUGGGCAUUAAGUAAUGCAGCUUAUUUGGGUUCUACUGCUAAACGUGUCAUAAUGGCAGGUGACUCAGCUGGAGGAAAUUUAAGUGCUUGUGUAGCAUUAAAAUGUAUAGAAAUGGGUUUCAGGAUACCUGAUAGCUUGUUUUUGGCAUAUUUCCCUUGUGCAAUAGCUUGGUCUCCAACACCUGCAAGAUUUCUGAGUUUAAUAGAUCCAUUAAUACCUCUAGGUUUUAUGACAAAUUGUUUGAAGGCUUAUGCUUGUUCUCCUGACAUCUAUCAAGAUAGUUUAUAUGAGUAUAAAUUGAAAAAUAUUGCAAAACCCAAAGAUGGCAAUAAUGAAGGCUUUAUAGAAGAGGUUGAAUCUAGUGAAGAAGCUUUAGAGUUAAUUCAAAACACCAACGACAAUAGUCAAUCAGUAAUAACUCCAGUUGAAGAGGUUAUUAUGGCUGCACAUGAACGAAGACAAUCCAGACGAUUUUCAACAAUAUUGACAGAAACAGCAGAAAAUAUAAGUUCUGCUAUUACCACUACAUUCAUUACACUAACUGGAGGAACAACUGAGGAAGAUAUUAGGUGAUAUAAUACAACUUAAUAUGUAGUUAAAAUUCAGAGGUGGCCCAUAAAUAGAUCAGCUUAAGUAUUUUUUUAAUUGACAAUCUCAUAAUUAAUGUGUUAUUCAGAGGUAUUCAAACUUUUUCAUUCCAUGACGCUUUUGGGUGUUUAUAAUAUUUCGACGACUACCAAAUUAUUAUGAAAAAAUUGAAACAUAUGGAUACAAUAUGGUCAUUAUGGGUGAUCUAUUAUAAUAACAGUGACUUAAUAGUAGGUACCAAAAAUAAAACUUAAAAUGGUUAUGUGAUGAGUAGGGAACGGAUUUGAAUGCAAAUUGCAUUUUUUUCUGAAUGUCCGAAAACAUUGGUUUCCAAGCAAAAAGUUCAUUUCAUACAUCAAAGAAUUAAAAAAUGUAACUUUUAUUUUGCAUUUUUAAGACUUUAAUGUAUUUUUUGAA